AACAUGGAAUAUGUGAUCAUUUCAGCGGCGCGUCUGCAGAUCGGUAGAAAAAAAGUGGCCUUCAGAGCAGAUUUUUAGCCAAACAACUGUCUUACAACCGUAAACCUAAUUGAAAACUGACCUUUAACGCUGCCAACGAAGUCUUUGUUGGUUAAUGUUCAACUCUAGCCUGACAAGGAAUUUAGAAAUGGGACUUUGCAUUUAGACUGUGAAAGCAGCCAGCCAGACUGACGGACAUGGGCAGCGGUACAAGCCGAGGGAAGAAAGUUGCACCUGUGUGUGUCAGCGAGGUAAACGUGACCAAAACAGCUGCCGGCACUUCACCCGAACAGGACAGCAGUCCGUUCAAGCCUCUCAAAAUCCAUGCCAUUUUGCGCAACGCGCGCAACCGUGCGCAACCGGACUGCCACAGCGAGGGGCACGACUCUGACUUUUCCAGAGAGGACGAUGACAUUGAUGGAGAGCUGGACACAGUUCUUGCAGAUUACGAGGAGCGAGGGAGAGUUUCUGUGAAGAAACACCCCCCCAAAAAGACCGACAUCAGAUCCAAAACAUACGGACUGUGUAAUUUUAGUAAGGACGACGACGAGGACUUAAGUUCCAGAGCCGAGGAGCCACGUGGAUCACACGACCUAUCAAGAGAUGUAAACAAAAGGGGCAAUGAUGCUUUCACACACUUUAAAAAACACACACAUGCGUGCCCAAGUCAGCACAGUUCCUCCUCUCGGGGCUUUUUGACAAGAGGAGCUUUGUUGGAAGCUGGUACCGCGUCAGAAAAACAAUCGACUUAUGGCAGCUGCCAUAGCCCCACUCUCACCAUGCCAGUCAUCCCUUACCAUGGAUCAGAAGAGGAGCUGAUGGACACUAUUGAGAGAGAGUUUAGUUGACCCCCAGCUGAGAAAGCUGCAGCAAAGCUGUUGCCCUCUUCAGCUGUAUUCAUAGGUUUGCAGAAGACAUUUUAAAAAGUGAAAGUGAACCAGGGUUUCUUUUGACAAUUUUCUGCUACUAAGGAAGGAUUUCCUGGAUAAAUGUAACAUUUUUUGUGUUGAGCUGUGGGUGGCCCAGUGUCGCUGGCCUCCCACAGAGAACACACCUACUUAUUUGUUACCUAUUACUUACUUUACUUUAACUUGUCUGUUAAUAGAUAACGGAGAGAGAACAGAUGUUUCUCUGGUUGCUGAAACUCAGCAGUCCUUCUCAAAUCUAGCAGCAAAGGCACAUUGUUGACGCUGUACAGUGCAGUGUGUAGGGUAGUUUUCCCAUAGGUGGCAACCCUCCAAAGGUAUGAGCUGGGGUUGUUUAUUUAAGGUUUCCUUCCUGACCACAGUUCCUGCACUUCUCCACCCUUAUGAAAAAGGAAUGUGUGGCAACAGAGACUUUCAGUCAUGCUCAGUUUGACCCAGCUGUGUUUCUGCCUGCUAAUACAAGAUUCAGCCACAUUCAAACAUAAAGGCCUGCUGCCACAUAGUGGUGGAACACAGUAGUUGUCUGAAUGAACAACAACUGCACUUGUAACUGUUUAACGAAAGGUGAAUUUCAACCAGAAAUGUAGAGGAAUAGUUUUGUAAUUUUGUUUUAUAUUGCAAAUAAAAAUGGACUAUUGCUGUA